GAACCGCAAGGCGCCGCGCGCGCCCCGCGGCCUGGCCCGGGUCAACGUCGCAGAGACGGCGCUAGGCGAGGCGCUGGAUCCGUAGCGAGAGUGGAGGCGUUAGUUCGUAUCGAUACUGUUAGUAUCGAUAGUGUUAGUUCGUAUCGAUAGUGGAGGCAUUAGUUCGUACUGAUAGUGGAGGCGCUAGUUCGUGGCCGCUAGUCUCGGCGCUUCGUGUUCAGGAGAAACACGCGGCCCGGCGGGAGAAGCGACUCAAGGUAACGUCAGUAUAAUGGAGACUGCGGUUGAGACGGUGGCGAGUGAACUGUCGUGCAUGAACACUGGACAUGACGAUGGUGAAAAGGCUCAACAACCCCAAGAGAACGUCGGCGAGGGUGAAAAAGCAGCAAGUGACAGUGAUUGGUGGAUGGGCAGCAGUGAUGAUGAGGAAAUCAAGCCUGGGUGCCCAGACUGGAUGCCCAGCCCAGAACAGAUUCGUACUCUGUUUGAGUGUAUCGCUAAGGAAGGGUCACUUCCACUAAAAAUGACACAUUUGCCUCGGCGACCGCCCACCCCGGAACCCCAAUGUCCGGAUGAACCGGAAGAAGAAGGCCGAACAGAGCAGCCAGAUGGGCAACAGAGUGAAACACUGGACGGAAAGUGUGACACCCCAUCAGAAUUUGAUUUUAACGAGGAACUGACUCCAAAGAAAACCAACGACAAGAAGCUAUUCAGUCCACGUAGGACUCCAGGAAGCGGAGGGCGGAUACCGAAGCGGGAGGCCCGUCUGGACAAGGUGCUGUCCGACAUGCUGCGCCACAAGCGGAUGGACCAGCAGCUUCAGCAGAGAUCCAGCCAGCACGGCACUCCCGAACGCGACGCACAAACACCCACCAGCAAGAGAAGCACGUCGUAAUUAUAGGACAAAAAAGUUUUUUUUGUAUUAAUGUACAAUGUUUUUCUUACUCUUUUUGAUUCAAUUGAAAUAAAAUUUAUUUUAUUA